AAGAUGUGCGUCACUGAUUAAAAGGCCACGCCUGUUUCUUGUUUCCUGUUUCCGGUAGAAUUCAGGCAUUAGUCAAGAACAAGAACAAAAAGCAACUCUCUUCACCUCUGUGGAUCAGUGGAUCAGCAGGGACCAAAGUGAUUCUUCACAUUAGUUUGAAAGCUCAUUGACUUCAGACAGACUGGCCAGAUCCCGUCAUGUGUGUCACUUCCCUCCUUCUGCUGAGCAGUCUUGGCCUUGCCAUUACAGCUCAAGCUCAAGACUGCCUCAGACCCGUUGGAGGAGGCAACAUGACAUUGAACGACGACUUACCAACAUACCCAGAUGGGACAAGAGUCACUUUUGCCUGUAAUGUUGGCUACGUGCAAGCAGGGUCUACGGCCAUCACUUGCACUGCUGGCAGUUGGAGUACUCUGCGGCUGAGAUGCAAUAGGAAUAACUGUGGCUCUGCUGGAGAUGUGGAAUAUGGGAAUAUCGAUUACCCUGAAGGGACAGAGUUCGGCGAUAGACUAAAGGUGACUUGCAGAACUGGUUACAGAAGGGUUGGCCAAGAACAUCUCCAUUGUGGAGCCCAAGGGUGGCUGGGCAGGUUGCCUGUAUGUGAAGUGGUGAGUUGUAAUCCGCCACCUGCGCCAAAGAAUGUCACUUUCAGGCCAAACAAAGAUACCUACACCUACGGAGAAGUUGUACAGUACACAUGUCAAAACGAUGUGACACUCUCUGGAUCAAGUGAAUCAUCAUGUUCAGUUAAUGGGAUGUUUGAGCCUGCUCCUCCAGCAUGUAUCUAUGUUGAAUGUCCAGAGCCUAAUAUUCCAGAUGCGCACUGGGUUGGGGGUUCUCGACCCCCUCAUAGAUACCAGGCUACGGUGACGUACGUGUGCAAUUCCGGGUUUGCUAUGAUAGGACAGCCCACCCUGACAUGUGAAAUAGGCCGUCAGUGGUCACCUGAAUUUCCAAAAUGUCAAGCAAUUACACCCCAACCUAAACCGUCCACCACCACCACCCCCAUCACCACCACCACUAUACGUCCUAUUGUCACCGUCAAACCAACAGCAAUUCCACCCCAACCUAAACUGUCCACCACCACCACCACCACCACUACUACUACCACUACUACAGAUGGAACUAGCAAUGAUGGAGACACCAAAGCUGUAUGGUUGGGUGUUUGUUUGACGGUCCUCAUUGUUAGUGUCCUCACUGCCUGUGGAUGCUAUUUCUGUGGAGUCCCGGCAAUCAUCAAGGAGAAGCGACGCUCUCGGAGAGGCUUACCUGACAAUGUGGUUCCAAAAGAUGGAGAGGAGGUAGCACUCUCGUAAGCGGAACAGUCCUGUUGGUCCAGCAUUGCUUAAUGUAAAGAUGAGCGGUUGAGAAGAGGACGUCACUGGAAGAGUCUUUGAAUGUAAUUGUGCCGUCCAUGUGCACAUGGAUGGCGCAGGCUUAUGAAACCCCCAAAAUGAGUUUCUGAAUGCCAGUCUGAGAUUCACAAACCUCAUCCAAUGGAGCUCAAACCUGUACCUAGACUCCUCUAUUAGUUGACAAUAAUUUCAAUCUUUGAUAGACCACUCAUAACCACGUUUUCCUAUUCUGCAUAACUCAAUUCAGUGAUGUUUGAGAUGCCUUCCCUUUCCUUUACAACAUCACAGCAGCAUUUCUACACUGUAACCAUGAUGAAACUAGAUUUCCUGUUUAUCAGAGAGGCUUGAACUCCAUGUUGAUUUAAAAUGUUUGCACUAUAGCUCAGAGCACAGCUCAGCCGGAACUUUGUAGCUCCUUUACACUGUCAGCUUCAAACAAGCAAAAUCAGUAAAGACAGUUUGCAUGCUUGACCUUAAAUACAGCUGUUAGGAUUAAACACUUUUUGUUUAAACUUCAGAAACAUUCAAAAAAAUCUAAAUUUAGUUUGAUGCUUAAAUGGUAAUUUUGGUAUUAUUCAACCCUAUUUCUCCAUGUUUUUGUGUCUACGUGACUAACGGGGACAACACUUUUUGAAACUGGUCCAGUAUUGAGGGAAAAUGCUGCAGCCGCUAAACGGGCUGGAAAGGACCCGACAGAGAAAUGAAACCUUUUUCUUACUUUUCGCUCGACCCGGUCUGUUUGUUAUUGUGUGUCUCGCUCGGAGAAGUCUCGUUCGGAACCCUCCCAUUGCAUCCACAUUGGCAAAAUCCGCUAAUUAUCCGCCAUGAUAUUGAAAAUCUUUUAGAUAAUACUAAGCUACACUUUCUGUAGUCCAACACAACAAACUCUGACAACACCGGUGUUCCAUGGCACUCCUCUCCAACUCUCACUCACGUUUCCACCGUUGUCUUCCAGCAUCAAGUCACAUGAUAUAGUAAUAAACAGAUAGAGAGAGGUAAAGAAAAAGGUUUGAUUUCUCUGUAGGGUCCUUUCCAUAAUGUUGUCAGACACUUAUAAUACCAAUCUGAUCCUCUCAGUGGCAAAAUCAAGCACUUUUAGUGGACAUAAACUGACGGUACCGGGUUGCCCCAAAUGAUUACAUUACAGCCCAUUUAGCAGCUGCAGUGGACUCCCUCAAUACUGGACCAAUUUCAAAAAUCGUUGCCCUCAGUCAUUUAGGCCCUAUUUACUUCUAUCAGAAAUUACACCAUUUGUGUAAGUGAAAUGGAAAUAGUUUAUUCACCAGAAAAAUCACUUGUGUAAAAGACAGGUUCCUAGCCGAUAAACCGGUCCUCCGGGUUCAAUCUGUCUAGGGAUGACAAUGGGAUCUGUGAAACAGUCCCGUGCAUAGUGCCUGAAUAUAAGGCACGUUCCAUAUGCCUUAAUGCAAAAAGUGUUUGAGCUUUUGUGUCAGUUGUUGUAUGUUUGUUAAUUGUGGGCCUACCUUAGCUUCAUGUUUAUGCUAAAUAAUUAGCCAUGUUUAAUGGCAUGUUUGGUAUGUUUUUUGUGUGCCCUGUAGCUUCACCAAAUUAAGUUAGAAACAUUCCCCUGACAAAGAGAAAUAAAAAAGAAUUAAAUUAAUUUAAAAAUAUAUUUUUUCCUCUCCAAAUUUUUGGUAUUGAAGACAUCUCUCUUCCAGAGUGUCAGUUUAAUAUGUGUUGACCCCCCCCCCCCACUAAUCAGAAGAAGGCUGAAGAAGAAGCAUACCUUAAGAGUAUUAGGACACAGGUGUUGUGUCUGGUUACAUAAAGAUGGAUAGACUGUGAUCUCUGAAAUUUUUGCACUUGCGUGGCUUAUUAUCUGUAUUUAUUGAACUAAAAUGUGUGUCAGAACAUGUCAGUAAGAGUUUUGUAUUAUUUUGAGGCAUGCUUUUAUUUGGCACUACCUUUUGUAAUCAGUUGAUUAAAUUAAACAAUAACAGACAGUG